AUAUAUCACAACUCGCGACGUAACUAUCGUACACGAAGUGGAAAGGUUUGGCCACAUCUCAUUUAUGCCACCGCCAAUUCACCUAGUAGCCAAUCAACCAUGACCUCAAAGUACGAUUACGUGACGUACGCUCCCCUCCCAGCUGAAAACGCCGUCGUCCUCCCCCUCUACUACCAUCCCAACCGCCACCGCCAUAGCUAUCUCCGCCGCUGCCUCUACUCAGUCGCUUGCGUCGCAAUCCUCGCUUUUUUGGUUUUCCUACUCUAUCCCUCCGAUCCCACGAUUCAACUCUCCCGAAUCCGUCUCAACCACAUCCGGGUCAACUCAUCGCCUGGACCUACCCUGGACCUCUCCUUCUGUCUUACAAUCAAGGUCCAGAACAGAGACUUCUUCUCGUUAAGCUACGAUUCGCUUGCCGUUUCGGUUGGUUAUAGAGGGAGAGAACUAGGGUUGGUGAGGUCCAAAGGAGGGAAAGUGAGAGCGCGAGGGAGAUCGUACGUUAAUGCCACGCUGGAGCUUGACGGCCUGGAGAUUAUUCAUGAUGCGUUUUAUUUGAUUGAGGAUUUGACCAAGGGUGUCAUUCCCUUUGAUACUGAUACUGAGGUCAAAGGCCAGCUCGGCCUCUUGUUUUUCGAAAUUCCUCUGAAGGCAAGAGUCGAAUGUGAGGUGUAUGUAAAUACAAACGACCAGUCGGUAGUCCGGCAAGAUUGCUACCCUGCGUGAUGUGUUUGGAUACCACCAAAAUAGUAUUUUUUUUCCCUCGUUCCUACAUUGGGCACAAGAAGGAAAUGGAGAUAACUGCUGAAGAUAUGGUAUGGUUUCUGUGGUGGUCUUCAUAUACUUUAUGGGUUGUGCAGAAGUUAAAUUUAAGGUACUCAUGAGUUGGUGUGCGGGUGUCAACAUGUUAUGAACUCUUUUAGGCACACCAGGAUAUCAUGUAUAUUACUCCUUAUAUAAUUGUUAAUUCAUUUAGAAUUUUAUAGUGUAUAUUUAUCGAAGAUGGAUGAUUGAUAGCUGAAAUUAUGUGUUUGUCUUUUCCAAUACAAAACUUUGCCAGUUCUCUAAUCGGAAUUUUGUUA